CCAAGUCAUCUAUUUUUGACAGUUUGUUGUCAUUAUUUUUGCAUUAUUUCUCUUCUAGAACAUCAUACAUAAUAUAAUUACAAAGUAACAUGAUAACUCUUGAACUUGAAUACAUUGUUCAAAAUAUAGGAUUAAAUUAUUAGUCGCAAGUCAUCAAUAAGACUGAAAAGCAAAAAGUGAGGUUAGCUUUUGACAAGACUUCCUUAUUUUCUAUGUUUUGAGACAAUAUUGCAAUAUGCUUGUUUGUCAGCAAAUAUUUGCUCUGGAUGCCAAAUUCAACGCUCAUCGUGCUCCAAAUCAUCCUAAUUUUAGGACUCUAUAUAUACGGAGACGAAACCAGCUGUUGAGGGAAUCUGCUAAGAAUGAGGAAUCGGCUUUCAAAAGACAGUACCUACGAAUUCGUUCACAACUUCUGCAACAAAGAUAUGGAACGUCUUUCGACCAGACUAGUCUACAUAGCAGGAGCAUCAGUGCUAGAAGCAGUAGUAGGGUGAGCGAAUCUCCCGACUGCGUUGGCGGCGCAGGGUGGGGUGAGGGGGGAAUCCAUGAUGGAGGAGGAGGAGGUACAGUGCCUACUGCAGGCAAAGAGGGAGUAGUGCCUACCAAGGAGGCAGAUGCAUCCAGAGCCAUAGUUGGGGGAAACUCCAUAGCUGAGAAUUAUGCUUUCGUUGGGGUGCAUCAUAUUUUCGAUCAGCAUACGGGGGCAGUAACAAUGUUAAAAUUCGCCAACAAUGACAGAUCUCUACUGGGUUGUGCGUCCAUGGAUGGCACUCUCUCUGUCUGCAACGUCGGCUCCACCCCUCCCACACUCCACUGCAUGUUCAUAGGCCACACCAAUGCUGUCACAGGCUUCGACUGGUCAGUGGCCAAUGACCUUGUAGUCAGCUGUUCGCUGGACGGAACCAUCUGCUUGUGGAAUGUGGCGGCCAAGGCGCGACUGCGCUCUGUGCCAGAUCCUCAAGGUGCACAAGUGCUAGCCUGCCUCUUCCACCCCACCAACAACAACAUUGUCAUUGCGGGCAAUUCGAAAGGCUCUGUUGACCUGGUGAACAUCUCGACUGGCAUCUACCAGGGCAGAGGAAGUGGUGGCGGAGGUGGUAGCAGCAGAGUGGAGGGGAGAGUGCUCUCAUUGGCUGUCGACGCUAGUGGUCAUCUGUUGUGGGCGGGAACCAAUAAGGGCACCAUAACUUCGUUUGUGUUCGUGGUGAGUGGCGGUGGUGCCAAACUGCAGCGGUGUCGCAGGGUGACCCUGCAGGAGGGGUGUCCGGUGACCUGCAUCAGUUGGCGAGCGUGGAUCAGUCGGGAGGCUCGUGAUCCUACACUACUCGUCAACUGUGCUGCCAAUGUCGUCUGUCUCUACAGGGUUCUGGACCAGGAAGGCACACUGAAACUGAAACGUCGUUUCUCGGUUCGCCACAAGUCGGUCCGUUGUCCGGUGCGUUCCACGUUCUGUCCGCUCAUGUCGUUCCGCGAAGGCGCAUGCGUGGUGACCGGAAGUGAAGACUCGUGUGUGUAUUUCCUCGACAUUGAACGUGAGGUUCGUCCGGUGGUGAACAAGUUGCAAGGUCAUGCGUGUCCUGUGCUGGGUGUGUCGUUCAACUAUGACGAGUCUCUGUUAGCAACCAGUGACCUGCAGGGCUUGGUCAUUGUGUGGAGCCGGGAGAAGAAGUAGAGGGAUGGCUACAGAGAGAAUCAGUGGACGAAAGGAUAGGAGUAUAAGGCGGAUUUCACACCAAAGCUGGGCUGGGCCGGGCCGGGCGGAUCGAUUCGAUGCCGAACCGAGCGGAAUCUGCCUGCGUACGCACUGAAGCGGAUUGCCGAUUCGCUUUUUAAGACAUUUUUUAGUUGAAAAUACAAAAUACUGCGCAAUUCACUAGUGGAAGAUCGAUCUGAACUGAAGAAGGCAGAAUCCGCUUGGCCUAAAACGCUCGAGUUGUCAAGCCGGUUGCACAAUCCGCUCGGCUCGGCCCAGCACCGCUCGGCUCGGCCCGGCGUUGAUUUGAAUGCUGCCGACUAAAGGUCGGGACAAAUAUAACCGCACCGUGCCCGUGCCGAGGUACGGCCGAGCUACGUCCGUGACACGGUGAUGAUGGUAGGAGAACACACAUAUCCGUGCGACAGCCGAGCGGCAGCAGUGUCUCAGUUCUGUAGUGCUACUGUCCUCUGAUUUCUGAAUGUGUUAAACUAUUGUUAA